CGUAUUAACGCAAAAGCACACAUUCUUGGUGCAUACAGAUUGCUAGCUUGCUAUAGUAUUUAGUGAAGUUUGCAGGGAUAGCCUUGAAAUUACAAUGUUUGUUUUCGCUUGUUUUGGCAAGCUCGCUAGUUAGCUAGCAAGCUAUACAGUUGGUCUUUAUUAUGGACCAACAGAUCAGUGAUCUCGUUCUCCAACAAAACCAAAGCGUGUCCUUUACUGAUGUACCAUUAAUGGCCAUUUAGGUUAAUUUUGUUAGGAAAGUAUUCAUGAAGCGAUGAGAUGCUUUAUCAGACAUCUGGCUAGCUACAAAAAGUUGCUAAUUUAGCCAGCUAGCUAGUGUAGUAGGGUGGCUGAUUGUUCCGUGCUCUUUGUUAGCUGGCUAUAGCCAAGCUACCUGUCAUUUCUUCAUUGUUUUUGGAUUGCACCAAUGUCCUGUACCAGGAUUCAUACUUUACAAGUUAAGCUAACAUAAAUGUCCAUUUUAUCGGUUUUGCUAAAGCUAGCUACCUGGUUAGCCGUACAAAUGGACAAAUCCGCGCUGUGUUGAUCGAUGUUUUCGAUUUUCGAAUUGUAAUGAAUAUACUUUAUAGUAACUGGCGUUGCAUUAAUGCGAGUGAUCCGAAAGUUGUGUUUGCAGUUUCGUGGCGGCAUAUCGGUUCAUCGUGAGCGUUUCACCCAAGAAGAGAGUACUUUUAUCCAACUCUCACUGGAAAUGAAGGGGCAACAGAAAAGCCCAGAUCAUGAUGGGAAUGGUCCUGUUAUUGAAGAGGGAGCUGUUGCCACUGCUGAAGACCCAUCAGCCAUUGCUACUAUCCAGUCAGCAACUACUUUCUCUUCGGAGCAACCAAUCAAAUACCUGUUCAAGACUGAGGGAGCUGGGGGGCAGACUGUAAAGGAGCUGAACCCUCCCACUACACAGGUGACGUACCGGGUGAUCCAGGUGUCAGACGGACAGCUGGAGGGCCAGGCAGACGGAGCCACAGCCGUCAGCGUGGUGACGGGAUUCCCCGCGUCCACACAACCCGUCACCCAGGCUGUGUUUUCCCAGUCUGAUGGCCUGGAGGGAGAUGGCUCCGAGACUCACUACACCUACUACCCUGCCACCAUAUCGGAUGCCGCGCCUGGCGCCAUGGUUACCAGCGUACAGGCCCCUGACACCCUGCUCAGUCAAAACACACCCACAGGGCAGUUGUACGUGAUGAUGUCUCCUCAGGAUGUUCUGGCCGGAUCCAGUCAGAGGUCCAUUGCUCCCGGCACACAGACUUACAGCACUAAAUCGGAUACCCCACGGACCUCUCGAGAUGACAAAAGGCGGGCCCAGCACAAUGAAGUUGAACGCAGGCGGCGAGACAAGAUAAAUAACUGGAUCGUCCAGCUGUCCAAGACCAUUCCGGACUGCACCAUGGACUCCACCAAGACGGGGCAGAGCAAAGGGGGCAUCCUGUCCAAGGCCUGCGACUACAUCCAGGAGCUGCGGCAGAGCAACGGCAGGCUGGUGGACGAGCUCAACACGCUGGAGAGGCUAAGGAUGGACAACCAGCUGCUGCGACAAGAGGUAGAGGACUGGAAAUCCAAGAACCAGAUUCUGAGGAACCAGCUACGACAGCAUGGCAUUGUGGGAGUGGCGAGUACAGACUCGCAGUGAGGGCAUUAGUGAAGCAGGAAGUGGAGGGAAAGAGAGAGAGAAGGAUGGUGCUGAGACAGUGGCAAGCAUCGGCUCGUCAGAAUGGACGAUGAGUUCCAGAAAGGGAUCCUCCGGCCAGUGGCAGUACUGGAUCCGCCAUGUAGAUUAUAAUAUACUCAAUAUUUUUUUAUGUGUUACUCGAGACGCCACUUUGCUUCAAUAGGUAUGAAACAACUUUAGCAAAUGUAUGCCCUUUUUAGGUCCUGAGAAGACUCACAAAACUGAAGUAAAAUUAUUUUAUUUUUUUUCCUGUGUGUAUUUAAUUUUUUCCUUUCUCAUACCGUUCAUGAACAUUGUAAACUUUUUGGUACUGCCUGACCUUUUCUAAAGAUGUUCACUCCAGGACCUGUGUUGUCAGUGUGGUCUUUGUCGGUUUUUAUCAGUCGAAUAGGGUGGGUGGGGUGGGGGUUCUGUCCAAUCAUUUCUCUUUGCGUUGGCUAGAGAUGAUUCUCAAUCUUCUUUGAGCCCUAGUUUUAGUGGAGCCAGUGAAAAGGUAAAGCAUGACUCCUCUUCCAGCCAAUGAAUAAAUACGAGUUAAAAGCCAUGAUUAGUGCCUGAGAGAUCCCCGGGCAGGUCAGAGGUCCUCCUGGAUAUGAAGAGACUGUUUAAGGCAGGCAUGAUGGACUUUGAGGGCCAUGAGAUGUGCAGAAACUAUGAUAACUGUAGACUUACACCUAUUGUCCCUAAAUGCUAUUGAGGUCUCUGCAGGUGAAUUUAGUGGUCCGUCUAAGCUACAGAAAUAUUGAGUGCCAUGCUAUUUAUGUGGCAUUUCUCAUGUUUUCUGUUGCUUUUUUAAUGUUCUGGGUUCCAUUUUUUAUGUACUGCACCCACAGCAAAGCUAAAUAAAUGUAUGUGCCAGUCCUUGGUUAA